AUGUCAGGUUUACCGCGUGAAGUCCUUAAGUGGACCCAGAGUCUGGACCUCACUUGGCAAAUUAAGACACCUAAAUGGGACUUGACAAAUGGGUACUUGGUCGCAGAAAUAUUUUCAUGGUAUUUUCCACAAGAAAUUCAGAUGCACUCUUAUAACAACGGAACAUCAUUAGAUUCAAAGUUAAGAAACUGGAGUUUACUAAAAUUGUUUAUAAAAAGACAUAACCUAGAUAUAGCAGAGGAACUGCUCGAUGGAACGAUUCAUUGCAAGGAAGGAGCCGCAACACUGCUCACAGAACGUAUCUAUGAAAUCUUAACAAAUAGGAAAGUACGGAAACAAACUAAAGAUGAUGAAAUUGACUUUACUGACCGAGCUUACCAGAACAGAUUGCCCAUGCAUGCACGCUCAACAGCUUCUAAAGCUGUCAAAAAUAAUCUCAGAAUCACAGAAACAAUGGCAGACCAAAAUCUCAUCCUUAGCGCUCAAAAGUCACAAAAAAUUAUCAAUGAUCACAUAGAGCAUCGCCGUCAGGAGCGAUAUGAGAACCCUGUCCGAUUCAACGUAAAGCCCACGUUGGGAGAAAGGAGCUUACGAAGGCCUCCUGUCCAACCAAAACAACCAACAUAUGAAACAGACAAAACACUGGACUCUAUCGGUCAAGAUGGACCCCACCCAGAAUUACCAGCAUAUUCCAGAGAACCUAGUGUACAAUUCAAGGAGAUACAGGUGAACCAAGUGGACAAAUCAGCACUGUACAACAUCCCUGUCCAGGGUUUCUGAACAUUCUCUUUAUUUUCAUUGUGCCCAAGUUUGAUA